AUGUCGCCUCAACCCCAUAUCAAGCCUGAUGCUUAUUUCCUGCCAUCGGUCCGGACGACUCUGCAUCACGCACUUAUCAAAUGCAACCCGCUCUCGUAUCUGAUACCGUUCGAAUCUAGGAACACCGACAUCAUGAACAAUCCCGAGGCUCUCAUCCAACAGGCCGAGAAGCUCGUGGCUAAGGGCAAGAGCGGAUGGAGUUUCUUUGGCGUCUCGGAAGAGAGGUUUGAGCAAGCUGCCGCCUGCUACAGGGAUGCGGGCCAGGCAUACGAGAUGAAGGGUAACUUUCUCGAUGCAGCUGCUGCAUAUAUAAAAGCAGGCGAAACGCAGGAGAAGUAUCUCAAGGAUGAUUUCGAGGCCCCCGACAGCUACGUCCAUGCCUCCGAUGCUUACCGAAGAGCCCUCUUGGAGGAGGUCAAGCCGAUCAACGACAACCAAAAGGCCGAGGCGAAGGCGAAGGCGAUAGACUGCCGGAAAAAGGCCAUUAAAUUGACCGAGUCGUCCUCCAGUUCAAGUAAACUGAGAAGAUUGUCGAGAAUGUACGAUGCAAUUGGUCAGAUAUAUGAGAAGGACAUUGCGGCCCCGCUUGUGCAGGCGAAGAAGAACCUAUUGAGUUCGAAGACGCUGACUCCCGAUGAGGAGAAAAUCAUGAACGCUCUGAAGGGGGAACCACAGCCGACUCCCCGUGAUGUCCACGAGCUGCAGCGGCUGCAGUCGAAGGCAGUGUUUAGUAACGAGGAUAAGGCUCAUCUGGAGUGGCUAGAGAGUGAAAUGAUGCCGCCUCUAGAAGAAGCGCGUAACGCCUACAAAGAAGCGGCUGACUUUAUACGCUUGGACUCGCCGCUGAAUGCCAACACCCUAUAUAAUCGAUAUGCUGACCUCAGUGUCUUCAUCGCCACUCUCCUUCCCCAUCUUCCCGAGAAGGAUACCGAUUCUACCAAGGAGGAUGCCGAUUCUACCCAGAAGGAUGCCCGUUCUGCCGCGAAGAUUAACCCCAAGAACUCCCAUUACGAAGACGCCCUCAACGCCUACGCGAUUAUUAUCAAGACCCUGCAAGUCGACCCACAAAAGCACAAAUUCAGUAUCCCUGAUUUCUGCCUCAAGUGGUGCCUCUGCCGUCUAGCCCAGUGCAACGCGGUAGCCACAUUGCGCGACGUCCCGAAGUAUCAGCAAAUUGACAUGGAAGCGCAGCUGCUAAUGCAAACAAACCCGAAUGAUCACAAAAUCGCCAUAGCAAAGGUCCAGGGGAGGUAUACGCCGCUUUUUGACCUGAACGAAGCCAUUAGAAAGAAGGACCGAGGAAUGAUUGAUGUUGUACUGCAAGGCAACCCGGGGGAUGAAUGGCAGAAAAAGAUUUACACCGAUAUCCAAAACAAGUGGGAGGUUGAGGAUGAGUUUGCGUAG